AUGAAAAAGUUCAAGGCGCUAGUCAGAAAGAGAAAGCUGAAAAAGCGAAAAAUUCCCGAGUCAGAUAUGCUCCCGAAAGAGCUUGAUAACAUAAAAUUUUUCCCUGACGAGGAGCCUAUUGGUGACGAUAAUUUAUAUGAUUUUUUAGAUCCGGCAGCAUUUAAAUUAUGCAAAAGAGGAGCAAGUGUGGAGCUUGAAUCCGGAGUUUCUAAGUCAUCGCUUGUAAGCAUCACAAAACCAUUUGAAAAUCUAAAAAUUACUCAGAACAUCGAUCGCGCUCAGCUGAGCAUUGUUAACCCACAUCUUAAGAGAUUUUCUAUUUCUGGAUAUAAAAAAGAAGAUAAAGUCAUUAUAGACGCAGAAAUUAAGAUUAUUUUGCCGACAGCCACAUCUAAGAUAGAGCCAGUAAAAAAUUCUGAAAUUAUUAAGGACCCACUAUUAUUUUCGUUAGAUAAAGCAAUAAAUUCUCCAAAAGAAGAAACAAAAUCGCUUCCAAACGUACCUAUAAAAUCUGUCCCUGCCAAGGAAAAUGCUAUUAAUACAGCGAAUAAUACAGGUGAAGUAAAAAUUCAAAAGGAAAUAGAGCCUAUAAAGAAGCCAUCUAAUGAAAUUGAGGAAAAUAAAGACAAUUCUUCAGAUGCAUUCGAUGCAAUGUUUACUGUAGGGAAUAGCAGAUUAUUACCUUGCUCUGCAGAAGUUAGAGCGAAGACUCCCGCUUUUGAUUUGCUGCUAGAAAUGGAGGCAGGGUCUGAUUGAAAAUUGAAGCUAAAUAAGCCAUUUGCCAAAAUUUACUUAAAAAAAGGGACAGAUCGAUAUCCAUCAGUCCCUGUUGUAAAAGCAUUUUUAGAUAUGGAAUUAAAUGUACUGCCUGAAAAUCUAUACAUAAAUUCAAUGAUUUUAUUACUUUUUUUAUGGUAGUGCAAGCCGAUUUCUUCAAAAUAUCUCUAUAUUUAUUUUUAAAAAAAAAAUAUUUUACUUAAAUAAGAAUAAUUUUCGUUUUAUAUGACAUUGAGACUAGAAAAAAAUGGGAUAAGUCUUCUGUUAGUGAAUUUAUUGAAAUUACGAAGACUGAAGACGUGGUACACUAUUAUAUGCUAAAUAAAGCGCCUUGGCCUUUUACUGAUAGAGAUUUUGUGGAAAAAAGAUAUAUGAGAAAAAGGGAUAAUGGGGAUAUAGAAAUUUAUUUUGAAGACUGUGCACAUGCAGAUUAUCCAGAAAGGGGGAAAAAAGUAACGAGAGGGAAAACUAUACUUGGUGGACAAAUUAUGAGAAGAAAAAUAUCGAAAACUAGUGGCCAACCUACACUUUUAGUAACUUUUAUAUGCCAAGCUGAUAUGAAUGGGAAAAUACCUGCUAAGGCCUUAAAAGAAACACUGCCAGCAUCAAUGCUUAAGUGGUAUAAAGCAGUACAAAAAGAACUAAAUUCAUUUGUCUGUAAAUAA